GCCCAAGACUCUGAGAUCCUGUCCCUAAGCUUGCGUUGGCUUCCGUCGUCGCCACCCCCAGCCUACAGCCCAUCACCACCGCGCUUGCCACGGAUUGUGGCAAUUCCGCAAGUCGCGCCAAACACCUAUCGAUCCGGCCCGAUGCCGUACCUCCGUGCCUACGCCCCAGAGCUGGCGCAUCAUCAAGUUGAUGUCCACGCCUUCGUCGGCUUCAUCGACGGCUUAGCCAUCGCGCAGAGCCCCAAUCCCCCGAUCAAAGCGGUCCAGGCGGCGGGACAGGUGAUGGGCAUGGUGCCGCACCACUGGGCACAACUAGCCAGCGCGGCAGUCGGGCUUGCGUCAGGCGCAGGCAGCGCGGCGGUAAGCGUGCUCCGAACGAAGAAGUAUCUGCAAGAGGCCAAUGCGAGGUUCUUCGCGCCACGCCAGCUGCGAGCAGACGUCAUUUCGGACGAACAGCUUGCGGAGUUGUUGCGCCUUCCUCAUGGGAGGGGCGCUUUGGCGCCGUUGGAUCGUGAGGCAGGGUGUGUUACCGUGUCGGAUCGAAGGAUCGCAGCAUUGGCUGCGUAUACAGCCGAAUUGACAACCGAUGUCCCGCACCCUGCUGUACCGGAUAAUGUCCUUGACAAGAUCAGCGCCAGAAGCGUACAGGCCACCUUGCGCAAGUCGAGAUCCGACGCCGACAAGAAGGCCGAAAAGAAGGCCGAAAAGGCCGAAAAGGAAGCGGCCAAGUCGGCGAAG